GCUGCAGCCCCAGGAAAGGGUGCUGGCGCCGCCGUCAUCCUCCUCCUUAUCCCUAUCUGCGGGGCGACGGUGGUUGGGAUGAGGCAUCUUCCAGGCGUGUGACAUCUGGGUGAGAGCGACCAAGAGAUUUGGCCAGCUAUAGUAUCUACCACCAAGUCAUUUCCAAAAGGAAAUGAUGUCUGAAACCAAACUGCAGAGCGAGAUGAAGGCCGAAGGAGGCAGUUGUGGGGAACCAGUGACAACCCAAGAGCUUCUUCAGAGACUCCGGGAGCUGGAAGCGGAGAAUUCCGCCCUGGCCCAAGCCAACGAGAACCAGCGAGAGACCUACGAACGCUGCCUGGACGAGGUAGCCAAUCAUGUGGUGCAGGCUUUGCUCAACCAAAAGGAUCUCCGGGAAGAAUGCAUCAAGCUGAAAAAGCGGGUCUUUGACCUUGAGCGACAAAACCAGGCCCUCAGUGACCUCUUCCACCAGAAGUUGACCUCUGGCCCUCUCUCCCAGUUUCCAGCCCACCCUGCUUCCUCGCUCUUGGACCUGUCCUCCAAUUCCCAGACAGGCACAGUAGAGAAACUCCCAGCUCCCUUUCCCUCGGGGUGCUGCAUCCCACCGAGAGAGAUCAUCUCCGAGGAGCCUUGUGUUGGCACCCCUGGGCCCAACCCCCAGGCUCUGGAGGCGCUGUCCCCGUUCCUGCGGAAGAAGGCCCAAAUCCUGGAGGUCCUUCGCUCCCUGGAAGAGAUGGACCCCCUGCUGGCUUUCCCCGCUCCUUGGAGAGACCCCGGGCAAGCUGGUUCCCCAGAAGGUGUGACGGCUGAAGCCUGGCCCUGCCUGCUGCUGACCCAAGGAGAAAGGGUGGCCAGGCAGCCUCCUAUCAAAGGGGAGGGCAGCUCCUCCUCCUCAUCCGAUGAGGCUGGCGAAUCCGAUCCCCCUGAGAAAGGACACCCCGGGCAGGUGCUGCUGAGUGCCCUGGCCGAGCAUAAGUUAGAUUUGGGGGAUGUGGAGACUUACCUGCAGCAGGUCCUGAGGGAAGCAGGCGACACUGCUCUGCUCAAUGGGGAGCCCAAUGGACCUUGCCUGCUGGAGGCCUCGGAAGGCCAGCUCCGUAGCUACAAGCGACUCCAGGCCGUCCGUUGUCUGGAGGGCCUGGGGCCUCCCUCCGCCUCCCGUGAACCUGCCUACCUAGCCCCAAGCGAGGGCAAGGAUGAAUCUCCGCAAGGCCCGCCCGUGCCUUCUCCUUCUAAGGUGCUAAAGCUAUUGAAAAUGCCGCCGCCGCCGCCGCCGCCCAACCCUGCUGCCCUUCGGCUCAGCCCCCAGCUUACCCGCAGCUCCAAAAUCCCCUGCCGCAGCAACACCUACGAGGUGUACCACUCUCCGACCCCCAGCCACAAGGGUUCCCCGGACAGCCCCUUCCCCAGUGACCCCAGUGUUGCUGGGGGGCAUCCCUCACCCAAGGCUGCCCGGCACCUUAUUCCUGGGCCCCCCAAGGUCACACCGACCUCCCCAGAGCCUUUUGGCUACCACAGGCCCCCCCAUGACUAUGAGAACAUCUUGGAGCUCUCCCUCAGCAGUGCCCUCGGCUCUCCCUCUCCUUCGCCCCGAGAUGGCAGGCUGGAGGGGCCCGAAGGCCUCCCACCUCCCUGCCGCUCAGCACCCCUUCUGGCAGGGCCCGCUGGUGACAUUUGCCUGGAGCCCUGCCACUUUGUGGGCGGCCCAGAGAAGCCGGUCCCCGAGGCCCGGCACUCGCCCCCUCUAGCGCGCCGAAACCCUGAUGGCUCUAAGAAGGUCCUGAAUGGCCCCAGCAAGCGGGCAGCGCCUGAGACGGCCAACAUGCCCUUCAGGGAGCGGCUGUCAGUGCUUGGGAGACUGAAAGGAGGUGAGGGGAAAGAGCUGGCAAGCGUGGAGAAGGGGAAGGGCCCGGUCCGGCCCUGUGAGCGUGUGGAGGGCCUGGCCGAGACCCAUCCCCGGCUGGGCACAGGGAGCAGCAGCCUCAAGUACCACGAGCCUUGCCACGGUGGUGAGCCAGCGCCUCGGUGCUACGCUUCUCACUCCGUCGGCUCCCGCGGGAGUGACCCUGAGCACCACGUCUCCAAGAGCCGUCUGUUGGGGGUGCCAGCCACGAGAAAUCCCACCAAGCCCCCGCCACCAGGGAAGAAUGCAAAGAGCCCUCACGGGAGUCCGACCAAGCUGCCGUCCAAGUCGCCAACGAAGCCUCCCCCCUUGGAACCCAAGCCUUGCCCGCCACCAGCCAAACCACCCGCCAGCAUGGGGCGGAGGAACCUGCCCUGCCCAGACCCGGCCAAGGGCAAACCCGGGGCCCCAGCCACCAUCGAAGAGAAGGUGAUGAAAGGCAUUGAGGAGAAUGUCCUGCGCAGGCACAAAGGAGGGCCAGCGGCCGGCGAAGCGAAGCAGAAGAACUCCAGCGGCCUAGCCAGCUGGUUCGGGCUGCGCAAGAGCAAACUGCCCGCUCUCAGCCGCAGGCCAGAGGCCCCCAAGGUGAAGGAGGGCAAGCUGGCCUCUCGGAGACUGGAAGCCGAGAGCCUAAACAUUUCCAAACUGAUGGAGAAGGCAGAGGACCUACGCAAAGCCCUGGAAGAGGAAAAAGCCUACAUCAAUGGGUUGGCGCUGGACAAGCCCCGGCCCCAUGCCUGCGAUACUGGCCACAGCCAGCUCACCCUCAUGUACCAGGAGGUGACUGCGGAGAACUUCAUGCAGCAGCUGCUCAACAGGGUGGAUGGGAAAGAGGCUCCCUUUGAGACUCACCUGGAGCAGAAGAACGAGCUGCAGGGCCUGCAGAGAGGUCUGCGUGAUGCCAAAGAUCCCCGCCUUGUCCGAUCUCCGCGCAAUGGCAUUGUUGGGCACCUCCAUGCUUGCCCGGAGGCCCCGACUAAGCUUCGGGAUGCAGCUUUGAGAGAGGAGGUCCCAUCCGAUGACAACCUGGCCGAGUCGGUGACCUCCCAGCACUUUGCAGCAUGUGGCUCUCUGACGCGAACUCUGGACAGUGGCAUUGGCACCUUUCCUCCACCCGACUACUGCAGUGGGAUGCCCUGUAAGAGUGUGCCUAAGCUGAAACCUCGACUUGACCCUCCUCCCGUCGGCCCUUUCCCAGUCCGGGGGCCCCCACCUGUCACCCGAGUGCCCCGCAAAGCCCGGACUCUGGAGAGGGAGGUGCCCAGCGCAGAGGAUCUGCUGGGGCCGAGCAAGCAUCAAAGCAUGCCUGCUUUCCAUGGGGUCUUAACCGGUGCUGAGCCACCCCUUGGGCAUCGUGAUCGCAGGGGCUGCCCAGAAGAUCUCUGCCGUGAGCCCAGCAAGCCACGGCACACCCAGCAGAGCAAGCACUGGACUUUCCCCAACGCCAAAGGGUCCGUGGGCACAGACCCUUUUUUCUCUUCCCCUCAUAGGCUGGAAGGUCUUCAUGGUUCAGCAAUGGGCUCGGCUUGCAGCGUCGUGGAGAGAAGACGGGCGUCAUCAGAAGGGCCUCAGGCCUCACCCGCCUUCAGCACCAGCAGCAGCCGGACUCCCAGCGCUUCCGACGUGGGCGAAGAAGGCAGCACAGAGGCCCGUUCCAGAGAUAUGGGGCCCGAAGGGCAACCGGGCCUAGAGAACUCCGAGUCCCUCAGUGACUCUCUUUAUGACAGCUUGUCCUCCUGUGGCAGCCAGGGCUGAGCUUGGCCACGGUGGCAGGGGCCACAGGAGAGCAUUGGCUUCCUUGGCAGAUCUCACCCUAUGCUUCUUCUUCUCUGGUGCUUUAAAGGGCCUAGCGCUUGCCUGCUGGCUCCUACGUGAUCCUCCCAAACCAAAUCUUGGCCCUGAACCAGAACACAAUAGGUCUUCCACACUCAGCUCUCCUCCCCGUAUCUCUGGGCAGGGGACAUUUUGCUACCUGGAGGCUGUCAAGAAAUGAGACGGGAUCAGAGAAAGAAGGGGUGGGUGGGUGGUAUUGGGCAAGACAGGAGACAGCCCACAGGCUCCUGAGGAGUGGCAUUCAGCCUGUUGGGCUGUGGAGGUGCCCCUUCUGCGCCUCUCAAAAGGUGUCCUUCGGUGGAGGCGUGGGCUCAGCCGUGCUCGCUAGUCCCCUGGUCCGUCUCUUGGGAUUGCAAGCUCCUUAACGGCUGACGUUGAUUCCCAGGCACUCUGCCAGACCUGGUCUGUGGCAUUUUUGAAGUGUUCUGAGGAAAUGGUCUCUCCCUUAAAGGUUAGGUUAACAACCUUGGAGAAGUUACUUUUUUGGACUGCAGCUCCCAGAAUCCCCUAGCCAGCACGUAGUCCAAAAAGUAUAUUUGCCAGGCUCCAGUGAGCUGCUCCUCUCACAAACCUCUGAAUUUCCACCAGCUGAAAUCUCACUCUGACCUCCAUUUUUCAGACUGGCAGGUGCCAGUUGCUGCAUGGAAGUGCCCAAGGCCUCAGAGGCAUCUCUCAGUGUGGAAAAACAUCCCAUCUUUGAAAGUUCCCCCCCUUUUUUUUACCUCACAGUCUGUACAGUCUUGCUGAAGUAUUAUCACCUCAGUCGUUCCACCACUUGACACUUGGAGUGUAGAUGAACCCUUGCCAGAUCUGGGCCUCUGUAGUCCACUGAGGAAGAGGAGUGGAGUGGGGGCCUUCAAUCCAUUUCUUCCGUUCAAGAUUGGAAGUGCAGAAGAGUGUCCCAAACAAAAGAUUGGGAGGAAGGAGGGUUUGGCAGCGACAGUGACCUCACGUCCCUCUUUAAUGAGAGUCAGUGCUUUUUCGGUGCACUCUCCCCCCGCCCAGCUUGGUUUCUGGGAAUUAUUUCUUCCUCUUUGCCCCCAUCAUCCACAAACCCACGCGAGUGAACCUGCUGAGAUGUUUUUCAAUGCGAACCGGGUCUUCUUAGGCCUUGGAGCUACUGUGGGUUCAGGAAAGGAUAGCUGGGUUCCUCAUUCCUUUUUGUGUACAUUUUUUUUAAAUUUUAAGUUAUUGAUGUUGCUGUUCUAAUUUUCAGUCAAGCUAUCCUUUCUGUUUCUAUGGGAGCCACAGAGUUCCUCAGAUGGUGCUAUUUUGCUGUGUACAGACUCCUUUCCCUAUGAGUCUUCCUUUUUGUUGUCCUUUUUAAAAUUUGAUUUUUAAAAAAAUGUCUUUUGCUUCUCUUUUUAUUUAUAUAAGUUAUUGUGAAAUGAGAAUGUUUAUUGUCUUGCCUCUCCCAGAAAAUAAAGGGGGAUUUAAAAAAGUGUAUGGAUUCUUUUGGCUGGGUAUUAGAGAGGAGUUUAACCUGCACAGCAUUUGUGCUAAA